CUAAUUAAACAAAAUAUUUUUAAGCCUUAUACAUAUAAACAAUACAUAUUAUAUAAGAAUGUAAAAGUACAUUCUAUAUACAGUGAAUUUAAUUGUUUACAAGGCUUAUAAAUAUUCUUUUUUCAAUUAAAAUUCAUAUAAAAAUAUUUAUAUGAAGUCUAUAACAUAACCAACUAGACAAAUAGUCAAAUGUGAACAGUUAUACAAGAUUAACAAAAUCUGUUACAAUUUAUUUAGAUUCAAAUUCGUUGAAUUAGUUUUUCAUAUUUACUUAAUUUUUGAAUCUAUAAAUUUUAAAUUGAAACAAUUUCCCUUUUUACAUUGAUGCUUAACUAAGCAUCUAUAAACUCUCUUUUGUACUAAAUUUAUAAAUGCCAUUUCUCUCCAAAGUAAUGAUAACCUGUUCUCCCAUUGUGUGCCAUUUCAGAAUUUUUGUUAUUGAUUAAAACAAUUGGAAGAUUUGUCGUUACGAUAUUAUAUAUGCGCAUUGUUAAAUUGACCAUCACUUGGUCAAUUAAACUGCAGUAUUCUCAACAGGUAUUUUUUCCAUCUUCUCUCUCAAUAAGUUACAUUCUUUAUAGUUUCCCUUUGCAACAGUCGGUUCUAUUGGUCUUCGAAUUUCUUCGUCUCUCUCAUGGUGCAUAUACGGUGCAACUUCAUUCACUCUACCUACAUAAUGAUUAACGUAAAUAUCGAUAUAUCUGUUAUUCCGACUAAAUUCACAGUUUUAAUUAUUCGUGUUAUUUCAUUUUCGUUAAAAAUAAAAGUUGAAAAGAUAAAAACAUGUUUGCAAAAAUUAUGGAAAAGUACGAAUUGGCCGCGAUGAAAUUCGACGUCGUGGUAUUUGACGUACGAUCCUGAAGCAUCGUGGCGAAGAUUGCCGAUUCGAACGGGCCCGAUCGCCAUUUCGGUCUCAUGGCGUUCGACCAAUGGCACGUCGCGUUACCCUGCGGCGAAGUGUGGCGCACCUGAGACAGGUAACGACGGUGUGAGCCGCGAGGUGCGACGACGGUAGUCGGUACGUCGAAUGUGGAUUACGAUAGAAUUAGUCGCCGGAGUAUUCGCGGUCGAGCAUGUUCGGGACGUAGCUCCGCUGCUCGUUUCUCUGUCGCCUCGGGAUCGAGCUUCCCUCUCCCCCCGGCUCUCAGCCUGUUCCGUCACCGUCUCUUGGUGUGCGUGCGCGUGCAGUGCAUUGUGAAAAAUUUGUAAAUAAGUUAUAAUCAUCGCGCGCGGCACAUCCUGGUUACCAUGCCGUACUACAACAGUGGUCAUAGUCCCGCUUACAACAAAGAUGGCGGCUCGAGUGGCCCGUCGAGCACUUCUGGCGGUCGCGCCAGCUCAGAGCCGACAUAUAUGAUGGAGCACUUGGCCACGUUCACCGUCACGAAGGAAACCGGUAUUGUUUAUCCGGCGGAUGGUAUGCGCCGCCUUCUACAGCUGGAGAAAAGCAAUGGCAUCUGGAGUCAAAAAAUGCAGCUCCGUCUCGAACGAAACUGGGUCCUUAUCAUGGAUAACGAAACAGGGGCCAUCAUGGAGCGGUUCCCGGCUUCCUUGAUACAGGAACCAACGGCAUUUACGUCGAGAGAUCCCAUGGAGAUGUACAACAACAUUUUGGUGUUCACGGUGGCCGACGAUAGUGGUUCCGGCCAGCGAGCAGAGAUGCACAUAUUCCAAUGUCAAAGUGUAUCGGCGCAGGACCUCGUCGAGGACCUGAAGAUGCUGCAGAUGGGAAAACUGGUCACGGGUAGCUCACCCCGCGGUCCUAGAGGGCACAUUCCACCACCACCUGCUUUACCACCCCCGGAACCACCCUUAAACGGCGUUAACGUCAGGGAACAGGUGUCUGCUUUUAAUGCGGCAAAUGCAGAUGGGCAAAACGAUAUGUCUCGAGAGGAGAACAACGACGAAGUAUCGUCAACGUCGUCGGAGAAGUACGAGCGCGACGUGACGAUCUUGAAUCACUGUUUUGACGACAUCGAAAAAUUUAUCGCGCGUCUGCAGCACGCAGCUGCCGCAUCUCGGGAGCUAGAACGCCGACGACGUAACCGGAAGUCAAAGAAGAGAAACCUCGGUGACGGUAUGCUCACGAUGAGAGCAAAACCGCCGCCCGAGAUGGAAUUCAUUGAUAUAUUCCAAAAGUUCAAGCUUUCGUUCAACCUGCUAGCCAAGCUCAAAGCACAUAUCCACGAUCCGAACGCGCCAGAACUCGUACACUUUCUCUUCACACCGCUCGCGCUCAUCGUGGACGCCUCUCACGAUACUAAUUACGAUCCGAAUUUACCCAGUAAAGUGGUGUCACCGCUCCUUACGCGAGAAGCGGUCAAUCUGCUGAUAAAUUGCGUCACCAGCAAGGAGACCGAGCUCUGGCAUUCGUUGGGCGACACGUGGUUGAUUCCACGCGAUCAAUGGAAAGGACACGUGCCGCCAUACCAUCCGAUCUUUAUGGACGGCUGGUCACCGGAGUAUCCUAUUCCCGAAGACAGGGAUCACGAUCAUUUGGCGUCCUUAUUAAACGCGGACAAACAAAAGAGGGAUGAGUUACCAGAACAGCAGAACGAUCCUUAUUACAAUCACCGCGACGUGGAUGAAUCGCAUUACAGUAGCGAUUAUCUGGAGUAUGAGAGCCGAGAGGAGCGUGGUGGUAACGAAUACUUUGACAGGAAUUAUGCUCCGAGCUCAGAAUUGUAUGGCCGCGAGGAGAGAGUGGAUCAGACCAGGGCGCAUAGUGACAUUUCCGUCGACUCGAUUGAGAGAGCUCCCAGAGCAGCGGCAGGUAUAGAGAGAGCGCAGGAGGCUUGGCUGGAUGAAUUGGUAGCACGCCACGCCAAAAUCGUGCAAGUCACUUAUCCACGGACGGCGAACAACGAUAAAGAGCUCACGGUAGUCAGAGGCGAAUAUCUGGAGGUUCUUGACGAUAGUAGGAAAUGGUGGAAAGCGAGGAACUCUCGAGGGCAGGUCGCUCACGUGCCACAUACCAUCGUUACGCCCCACAAUCCCGCUACUCAUUCUGCUGACAAUGACGUCUUUAACAAUCCUCUAUACACCAGUAGAUAUCCAAGGCAGGGGCACGGCUAUAAUUAUGAGGAUUCGGAGAUUGAAAGAACUAGCACUAGUCCAGGUCCGGAAGCCACUCAUCGAACACACGCGAUUCCGCCGCCAGCUCCUGCUGAUUGGGUGAGAAAGGAAAGACUUGGGAAAAAAGACGACGUUAGUGCGUACAACGGAGCCAUCAGUAAUAGCAGUAGAUCUAGUACUUCUUCCAUCGAGAGCGUCUCUCAGUCGAACGGAAAGUUUAAUACGCAACAAAGCAUCGUAGAAGUGCACUCGCCACCUCGCGAUAUAAUAUUAGACGUAACACCCGACAAGCUAGCGUUACCGCCUGCGCCGACAUCACAACUAGAGCUACCCGCAUCGAAAUCGACGCCAGCCCUAUUCGCAUCGAAAUCAGCACCAACGUUAUCCACAUCGAAAUCAGCGCCAACACUAUCUGUAUUGAAAUCAGCAUCAAUACUACUUCCAUUAAAAUCAGCACCAGCAUCACCUACGCCGUCAUUAGAUUUAUCGAUGACACCUCCAACGCCUCCACCACUUCCACCACCGCCACCGCCGACACCAAUAGGAUCUACCUCACUGCUUCAAACCGAAAAAUCUUUGCUGUCAACUUUUAUGCUUCAUAAAGCGGAAACUCCCAAAAAUAAUAAAUUCUCCAAUGGCAUCUUCAGUCAAGAAGAAGUUCAAAAGGAGCUUAAGUUUGUCCUGAGGAUAUUUCGAGAGAAGAAAGCGAAUCACUUUAGUAAUAACAACUCGCAGGAAAUUUGGUUGAACCAACAUUCGACUCCUCGAGAAGUUCAAACUUGGUUAGCAACCAAAGGAUUCUCGCAAAAAAUUUGCAAACAAUUGGAGGAUAUGAAUGGUACGGAAUUGUUCAAUUUAUCACGACGGCGACUGGAACAAUUGUGCGGAUUGUCUGAGGGAAGCAGGCUCAACGGGCAAUUAACUUUAGCGAAAAAUGAAUGUGAGUACAAAACUGCCCGAUCGUCAGAGCUCAAGCAAAUUUUAGAUAAAGCGCGACGAAGAGCAGAAAAGUUAAAUGAUAAGGAUGAAGUUCAAGAAUGAAUCAUAAUGUUCUAUAUUCUGUAUGUGAAUUGGAAGGCUGCAAGAAUGAUGCAAAUAUUGAAACAAAACAUGCAGGUGCUUCGUUGUUACUGCGAAUUUAGAAAAAUGGAAGAUAAAAUACAAAAAUAUAUAUUUUUUCAUAAUUUUCCAUAGGAAGGUACCGUGCCAUCGAAAAAAUUUAUUGUGAAAUUAUUUUAUUUUAUCUUAUAUGUUGUGAUAAUUAUUUAUUACGAUCAGUUAAAGCGCAUCGGUAAAGCGUGAGGUUUUUAGUAAACUAGCAAACAUGCAUUAUAUAUAAUACAUUAACUAUGAUGUUCUUUUUUGCGAGCAAUAUUAUUAAUUUAUCUAUUUUAACGAACUUACUCAUAGAAACAAACAGAGAAAUGUAUAAUAUACACACACGCACAGGCGUACACGCAAGUUGUUUCCCAGUGUGUUGUUUGAGUCCAGGACUCAAUUGAAGCAUUUAAUUUGAAACAGAUUUAUUAUAUGUGUAUGUGUGUGUAUGUAUACACAUAUAAAAUAAAUAAAAUCGCUAGACUCAACAGCAACAUAUUAAGUUGAUGCACUUUAAGUUAAAUUUAAAUGUUUAAUUGUAAUGUAGUGUAAUUAAGUUUAAUAUUGCAAAAAGAAUAUAAUAUCGAAUGCAGUGAUAUUAGAAAAUAGCAAUUAAAUUAAUAUACAUCAUAGUAUGUAUGACAUAAAUACAAUAUAUAAUAUGGUAUAAGUAUUAUCAAUUUAUCCUCCAAAUAAUUAAAUCAUUAAUUAAUUAUAAAAAGGGUAAUAACAAUCAGUGAAAUAUAUCUUUCCUACAUACCUUCAUUCUAUCUUUUUUACGUUACGAUAAAUAUAUUAGAUCUACGAUAAUCUGUUUAAAGUUAAUAUUAAGGAAAAUCAUGAAUUACGUGACUUAUAUUAUUAUUAUAUUAUACUAUAUUUAUUAAAAGCACAUACAUUAUAACAGACAUAAAUAGGACACUCUAGAUGUGUCAUGUCGAUAAACUAUACAUUCUUUCCGAAUACUCGACACGAAGUCACAUAACGUGAACACAUUGAUAAUUAUAAUAUGCUAUUUGUUCUUAAAAGCACUCUUCUAUAUGCCAUUUAAAUAAAUUAUGAUCACCGUAGUUAUCCAACAGUGAUAACAUAAAAAUCUUUGACACUGGCAUAAAAUAUCAACAGCAUUACACGCAAAGUAUAACUCUUCUGUGAAGUUAAUUGAUAACAACACGUUAAAAUAUUUAUGUGCUAUAUAAGAUACUUUAUGAAUCAAUAAUUGUCUUAUAUUUUGCUUCAUUGUACUUAUAAUGCUCGAAAUGAAAUAUUUAUU